GACACAUCGAGAAAUACUUUAUCUGAUCGCUAUCAUCACACCAGAGGAGCAGACACUGCGAUGCGGUUACCAUGGAAAGUUAGAACAAGUGUCAGCAUCAUUACUAUAUCGCGGUAACUACGAAAACAUCGUCUGGUAAAUAGCUGUAAACAUACCGGUGAAUAACUCCUCAGUCGUUCGUCAGUCCAGUAAUUGUGCAACUGUGUAAGGAAGCAAAGAAUGUCAUAUUAUUGACGAAAGACUAGAAGGGUUUAUAUAGUGGAACGGAAACAAAAAGAACUAAAAAUGAAAGUGAUGGUGUCCAUUUUGAGCCUGCUAUAUAUAUCAACGGUACCUGUUGAAUGUACACCAGAAUUGCAAUUAGUACAGAUAGUAUUUGCACAUAAAACGUACGCGCCAAUUUUAGAUCUAAUAAACAGUAAUGAUACCAAUUUACCUGAUAAUUUAACAUACGAAUAUUUCAACUCUGCUCCACUAAAUAUGCCAAACACCAGUAUGCUUAAUAUGUAUAACUUGGGGGUCCAUUUUCGUGAGGUAUACGAUGAAUUUCUGGGUGAUAUUUUCACAAUCGAGACGAUGAAAAUGCAAACAGCCGAAUAUCCGUUAUCGAUGAUAUCUGGUCAAUUAGUGAAUUCAGGUCUGUGGCCUCCAGCAGAAACUCAAAAAUGGAGCACCGAUAUAAACUGGCAGCCGAUACCUACAGAUUACGUGUACACAAAAAAGGACGCUUUGUUACUCGGAAUACAAUGUCCAAGCUUCCUUCUAGAAAUGGAGAAGGUGUUGAAUAUGGAUGAAGUGCAGGAAAAAUUAUCGCAUUAUUCAACGUUAUUCGAUCACGUGUCUCAAAAUACUGGUGUGAAAAUUCAAUAUCCGUCGGAAAUGGCUCUAUUAUAUGCCGUUCUCGAAACGAAAGCUGAUUUGAACCAAUCACUUCCAUAUUGGGCAAAAGAUAUAUUUCCUGAUGGAGGAAUGUACAAUGUGUCGUUGUUACAGUACGAUCUUCUUUGGCAAACUGAACUGCAAAAGCAAUUAAAUGGAGGAACGAUACUUAAAGAAAUUUUAGCAAAUUCGAUUAUGUACAUCCAAGGAGACAUACCUAAACAACGGAAGCUUAUGAUAUACAGUGGUAACGAAAGAAAUAUCGUUGGAAUUUUAAGAGCUUUGAACUUAUGGUCGCCACAUAUCCCUCAUGAGGGAGCAUCUGUAAUUUUUGAACUGUAUUUUGACAAUGAAACGAUAAGCCAUGGGAUAAAGAUUAAUUACUACACGGGAGUAGAUGAUACCACUGUUCCAUUGAAAAUAUCGAAUUGCACAGAAAUCUGUCCAGUUAGAACAUUUCUGCAUUCAGUAUUUGACUUAUUACCGCAAAAUGAAGAACGAUUAUGUAACUGGGAAAAGAUUGAUCUUUUCUCUAAUAUGCAUGUAAUACUAAAUGAUACUAUUUAUAGUAGAUCUGUAUCGCAUACAUUGGAAAUUAUUGUACUUUCUCUUACGUCGAUAAUUAUUUUAUUCGUUCAGUAA